AUGCAUUUUUUCGCCCUUUUCCUCCUUUUCAUCACCACUGUCCCCCAAACCCUCGCUCACUGGAACUAUGACCGAAUUAUCGUCAACGGCAAAAUCAUCGGAUCCCCGUACCAAUACAUCCGCAAAUCCAACAACACCAACGCCCCCCUCCAAAACGUAAACUCCACAGACAUGCGCUGCAACUCCGGUGCCUCCUCCGGUACCCUUCUCCACACGCAGACGUACACAGUAACCGCAGGCAACCGCCUCGGCUUCGCAAUCCACGACACAUUCGGUCACCCUGGCCCCCAACAAGUCUACCUUUCCAAAGCACCAGGCUCGGCCGCAGCAUACGACGGCAGCGGAGACUGGGUCAGGAUCUACAGUCUGACGUAUUCGCUGAAUGCGAGUGCAGGUGCGAGCGACGGCUUGCUGAAGUGGGCUACGCACCGCGCGCGAACCUUUAAUUUCAGAUUGCCCUCGGAAUUGCAAGCUGGAGAGUAUCUCUUGCGCGCCGAGGGUCUUGCGCUUCACGCAGCGCAUAAGCCGGACAAGGCGCAAUUCUACGUCGCGUGUGCGCAGAUCAAGGUUUUGGGGUCUGGUCAUUCUGUGCCUGGACCGACAGUCAGGUUCCCGGGUGGCUACGCGUGGGACUCGACUGGUGUGUUGAUUCCGGGUUUCUGGAGCAAGAUUACGAAUUAUACGGCUCCGGGUCCGGCCUUGUGGCCUGAGGGGACAGUGGAAGCGCAUGUGUUGGAUGGAGUCAGGAAAGUGGGUGCUGAUUGA